AUGGGGAGAAAAAACCAAAAACAAAAUAAAAGUAAAACUAAGUAGAAGAAUUAGGAUGAUAAACCUAAAAAUAAAGGCUUCAAUUCAGAAGUUUUAGUUCAGUAGGCGUAUGAAGGAUUUUAACUACUAGAAGCAAGUGAUAUUUAUCUAGAAGAAAUAAGUGAAAAGGUGGUAUAUGUUAUUGAUAUGGGUUGGUUUCAAGAUUGGAUAGAAUAUGUUGGCAUGCCAGCUUUAUAUGAAAAUGAAGAUCCAAGAAGUUAGCCAUACUUUGGUAAAAGUAGACCAAGAGAUUAGAAUGGAGCGUUGUGUAAGGACAAAGCUUAGAAUUUUCAUAAAUAUCCUAGCACUAUGAAAGAAAGUGUUUAUUAUGGCAAAGUGCUAGUAAGUAAUUUUAAUGAAGAUUAAACGAGGAUAGUAGAUGAGGAAAUGUGGAAAUGGUUCAAAACGCAGUAUCCAGAUCUAGUUGAAAUUCCUAGAGCUUAGCUUGUUGUAGAUACAUACCUAGAAUAUGCAAUUGAACUUAUUAAUGUAUGGUUUGGUAUACUAGACCAAUCAACUGUUAUCAAUUUUAAAGAGCUAAAUAAAAAAGAGAACCAUGACCACUAUGACUUUUAUAGAUUACAAUUUGCUAAAUGCUUAAAUUUUGAGCUCUUUGUAGAUUUAAUGAUCAGGUUUUAUUUACAUAAAAAGUUUGGAAAUGAAGAUAAUAGAGAUAAGCUCAAGUUUAGAAUUUGGAAGCUUGACCAGACUCUACAUAUUUAAACUACAAUAAAUAUCUUAAAUAGUGAAUUGAAAGAAGAAACUUUUCGCGUAAAGGGAUAAGUCUUUACAGAGAGUUUGUCCAAAAAUUGCAAAGCUAAGCAAUUUACUAAAUCUCAUUACAAAUAUUUGAUAGAAGUAGUAGAUAAAGAUAAAGAUUGGAUUUUGAAAUAACAUCCUAUUAAAGCUAUAGGCGGUCUCUGUUCCAAACUUGAAGGUAAGCUCAGAGGUAUAUGUGAGUGGUGUUAAGAUGAUAAGCAUCUUGUAGUUUAGUGUCUUUGUAAAGAAAAUUACUAUUGUUCAGAUGAAUGCAUGUAUAAAGAUAAAAAAUUCCACUCUCACAUUUGUGAAUUAGCUUUUGAUAGUGACAGCGAUGAGGAAUUAGAUAAAAAUGAAGUCAAGACAAACUAUGAGACAGGUCUUGUUAACUUAGGAAAUACAUGCUAUAUGAAUUCAGGUCUCUAAUGUAUAUUUGCUACCAAAAAUAUAUGUGAAUUUUUUAUGAAAAACCAGUACAAAGAGUUUUUAAAGAAGGAUGAUGAUAAUCUUGAUAAUAUAAGCUAAAAAUUAAUUAGCAAGUUUGCUAAGUUAAUUAAAGAAGUUAAAUCUAAAAAAAGGGAGAGUAUUGAACCAUGGGCUUUUAAAAUUCUUUUUGGAAGCUAUUAUUACAUAUUUAAAGGCUUCAGCUAGCAUGAUUCCUAAGAGUUUAUACAAAACUUAUUAGAAAAUUUUAAUGAAUUACUUGUUCCUGCAAUUUAAGAUGAAGAAGAAGAAGAAGAAGAUGAUGAAGAUGAUGGUGAAAAAAUCGAAAAUUUUUUAAGUGAAAAUAAAUUCUAAAAACGAUUCUAAAAAAAUCCUAAUCUAUCAGAAGAAGAAAAUUAGGCUCUUACUUUGAUAAAAAAUCUACUAUCUUCAUCAUAUUCCAAGAUAUUUUCAGAGUCCUUCUUAGGUUUGUUGAAAUCUAAGCUUAGUUGUACUAAAUGUGGAAAGUCUUCUUCUAGCUUUGAUUUAUUUUCGUCUCUUGCUAUUCCUAUUGCAGAUAAGAAAAAAGAAGUAACAGCAAAUGUUUUUUAUAUUCCUUAUAAUAUUCAAGAAGAAAUAAAACAAGUUAAGUUCAGUCUACCUACAGAAUCUAAAAUAACUGUUCAAGAAUUUUUAGAAAAAGUAGCUGGAUUGCUUGAAACGCCUAAUUAAAACAUUAAUAGACUAAUGUUUGCAAUAAUUUCCAAUGAAAAUGUAAAAUAAGAAUUUUUCAUUAAAAAUUGCACAAAGAAAGCAAUUGAAAUGAUAAAAGAAUGCAAUCAAACAAAUAAAUUCGUAGCAGUCUACUAGCUGCCUAAUGAAUAUGACUUUUAUGAUAUUGAUACCAAUAGAAUUAUAAGUAUCAAUUUUAAGAAAAUCGUAGCCUAAUAAGAUGGGAAGCAUUAAAAUUUAGUAGUGAUAAAUAUACCAAGAAUUAUUGUUAUUGAUACGUAGGAAAUAGUUGCAGAUAUUUACUUAAAAAUUUCAGAUAUGUUAUCACCUAUUUUACCAGAUGCUUCUAAAUUCGUUAAUGAUUUAAUAGAAACCCUUGAAGAUGAAAGUAACGAAUAAACUCUAAAGAAAUUAAAUGAUAAAUUGUAGUUCCAAAUACUAAUCAACAGCUAAAUGCAGCGUAGAAAGAAAUAACAUGACAUUUGCAUUUUUUGCUAGAGCACAACUUGUAAAUCAUGUCCUCUUCCUUUUUUAAUUGACAAGCAAUUUAUUUAAUUCACAUAAAAUUACAAUAAAGGAGAUUUGUCUUUUUCUGUUUUAUUUUAGACUGAGGAAAUAGCUAAAUAAGUUCCUCAAUUCUAGUUUAAUUCAGGAGAAUAGAACAAAUCUGAUGCUAAUAAUCCCACUCUUAUUGAAUGUCUAUAGCUUUAUUUAGAAAAAGAAAUUCUAGAUGAAGACAAUAAGUGGGAUUGUGACAUUUGCAAUUAAAAAUAAAUAGCUUCUAAAGAAGUUACUAUUUACUAUGGACCACGCUAUUUAGUAUUCUAAAUUAAAAGAUUUAAAGAUAACUCAAAGGGAGAAAAAGUUAAAAAUUGUGUAUAAGUUAAUUACAGUGAAUUUGAAGAUUUUACAGAUUACAUUUAUAAAAUCAACCCAACAGUUAAUACCUAGCAAAAGGCUGAAAAUAACUCACGCCUUGUUUAUAGAUUGUAUGGUGUUGUAAUUCACAUUGGUUAAAUAGAUUAAGGGCAUUACACAUCAUAUACAUUCCAAAACAAUAGAUGGACACAUUAUAAUGAUGAUUUAAUAAAAACUGUGAAAGCUGAAGAAGUAAUUAACAAUAGAAACGCUUAUUUGCUUUUUUAUGAGCUAGUGGAUUAAUGA